CCUCCACCUUAUAUAACCCCUGCAACUUCAACUCCACUUUCCUUCAUUUUUAUAUAAAUAAUUUCUUUUAAAAAAAAAUAUAUACCUAUCUAUUUUUUCUGUUUCUACUUUUCUCCCUUUUUGUUUCUUCUGUUUCGUUAAAUAACAACAGAAAAUAAAAAAGAUCGAGAAAAUUUCAGUUUGAAACACACAAAAAGCUGCAGAGAAACUUGGAAAAAAUUUCGACAAGAAAGAGUGAAAAACAAAGUUAAACCGACACGAGAAAACCCUGUUUCUGUAAGAAAAAAAAAACAAGAUGGCAGGGAAAGAUUCUAGCUGGGACGAUAUCAAGAACGAAGGCGUCGACCUCGAGAAAAUACCGAUCGAGGAGGUGCUUACGCAGCUGAGAUGUACAAGGGAAGGACUGACGAGCGACGAAGGCCAUACUCGGCUCGAGAUCUUCGGUCCUAACAAGCUCGAAGAGAAAAAGGCAAAAACACCUUUUUAUAACCUAUUAUUCGAGCAAGAGGCCGCCAUAUUGGUUCCCGGAGACAUUAUCAGCAUUAAACUGGGUGACAUUAUUCCAGCAGAUGGUCGUCUCUUGGACGGUGAUCCUCUCAAGGUUGACCAAUCUGCUCUCACUGGUGAGUCUUUACCAGUAACCAAGAACCCUGGCCAAGAAGUUUACUCUGGUUCCACCUGCAAACAAGGAGAGCUAGAAGCUGUUGUGAUCGCCACUGGCAUCAUUGAGCUCUGUAACCUUCGGGAGGAUACAAAGAAGAGAGCUCAUGACAUCAUUGACAAGUUUGCUGACAGAGGACUUCGUUCUCUUGCUGUUGGCAGACAGACUGUCUCUGCGAAAGACAAGAACAGCCCCGGAGAGCCGUGGCAGUUUCUUGGUCUUUUACCUCUCUUUGACCCUCCAAGACAUGACAGUGCAGAGACAAUCAGGCGUGCCCUUGACCUCGGUGUCAAUGUCAAGAUGAUCACUGGUGACCAGCUCGCCAUUGGUAAGGAAACUGGGCGUAGGCUCGGUAUGGGCACAAACAUGUAUCCUUCUUCUGCUCUUCUUGGACAGGAGAAGGAUGAAUCUAUAUCUAGCCUUCCUGUUGAUGAACUCAUCGAGAUGGCUGAUGGAUUCGCCGGUGUCUUUCCUGAACACAAGUAUGAGAUUGUGAAGAGGCUCCAGGAGAUGAAGCACAUUUGUGGCAUGACUGGUGAUGGAGUGAACGAUGCCCCGGCUCUCAAGAGAGCUGACAUUGGAAUAGCUGUUGCUGAUGCGACUGAUGCAGCGAGAAGUGCAUCUGACAUUGUACUAACCGAGCCAGGGCUCAGUGUCAUAGUUAGUGCUGUACUAACGAGCAGAGCCAUCUUCCAGAGGAUGAAGAACUACACAAUCUAUGCAGUUUCCAUCACAAUCCGUGUAGUCAUGGGCUUUAUGCUUCUUGCACUCAUAUGGAAGUUCGACUUCUCACCAUUCAUGGUCCUGGUGAUCGCUAUCCUGAACGAUGGUACCAUCAUGACGAUAUCAAAGGACAGAGUAAAGCCUUCUCCGCUUCCUGAUUCAUGGAAACUCAAAGAGAUAUUUGCCACCGGCGUUGUUCUUGGCACUUACCUAGCAGUCAUGACUGUAGUUUUCUUCUGGGCUGCCGAGAGCACUGACUUCUUCUCGGCAAAGUUUGGGGUGAGAUCUCUCAGUGGCAAUCCGCACGAGCUUACAGCAGCGAUUUACCUCCAAGUUAGUAUCGUUAGCCAAGCGCUGAUCUUCGUCACGAGGUCACGUAGCUGGUCAUAUGUUGAGCGUCCUGGCUUCUGGUUGGUCUCUGCCUUCUUCCUAGCUCAGCUGAUUGCUACUCUCAUCGCUGUGUACGCAAACUGGAAUUUUGCAAGAAUCAGAGGAAUUGGGUGGGGAUGGGCAGGAGUUAUCUGGCUCUACAGUCUAGUUACUUACAUCCCAUUGGACAUCCUCAAGUUCAUCAUCCGGUAUUCACUAAGUGGCAGAGCCUGGGACAACGUCAUUGAGAACAAGACCGCUUUCACGUCAAAGAAAGACUACGGAAAGGGAGAGAGGGAAGCACAAUGGGCACAAGCUCAACGCACACUUCACGGAUUGCAGCCACCUCAAAGCUCAGAAAUGUUCAACGACAAGAGCACUUACAGAGAACUUUCAGAGAUAGCAGAUCAGGCCAAGAGACGAGCUGAAGUCGCAAGGUUAAGAGAGCGUCAUACCUUGAAAGGUCACGUGGAAUCAGUAGUGAAGCAGAAGGGACUUGACAUAGAGGCUAUCCAGCAACACUACACCCUGUGAUUUCAGAAACUAGUGUUUCUCAGUUUAGUUUAGAAACCAAAACCACAAGAGUAUUGAAUAAUAAACCACCUUCAUUAUUUAGAAAAAUACUGCAAAAAGAGAAAAAGGAAAAAAAAUGUUUCUUUUAUCAGCAGUGGCUGUUGGCUGCUUUAUUUGUUUUGAGAUAUUCUUGUUUUUGUCUUUACAAAAGUAAUAAGAUUUUACAUUUACUUAGAAUUCUUUGUUC